UUUCCUGGCAGAUGGGGCCAGAUAUCCGCCGGGUGUACUUCGCCUGAGAGGAGAGGACGAGGGUCACGUCGGGCGCUGCUCCGAGGGAGGAGGGGAAGGGCUUCCAUUUGCCCCUUCCUUCUCCUCUGCUUCUUCUCGUUAAGGCUUCCCUUUCAUUGUUAUACUUUCGUUUAACUUUGAGUGACUUUAUAGUAACUUUGUCAGGAGCGGAUCCACCAAAACCCCUUGAAAUAGUAAAAAUGGCUGUGAGUCGGAGUGCGAGAACUUGAAUCAGGGGAAUGGUUUUGAGAUGUGGUGCUUUCAACAAGGCCUGAGUAUUUUGCCUUCGGCCCUUGUCAUUUGGUCAUCUGCUUCCUUUCUGUUUUCCUACAUUACUGCAGUUCUGUUGCAUCAUGUUGACCCUUUGGUGCCCUACAUCAGUGAUGCAGGGACAACACCUCCUGAAAGAUGUUUGUUUGGGAUAAUGUUAAACAUUGCUGCUCUACUGGGCAUUGCUACCAUGUACGUUCGAUACAAACAAGUCAGUGCUUUGAUUCCUGAAGAACCCAAACUCCUCAGGUUAAAUAAGGUUGGCAUUGUGUUAGGAAUGGUUAGCUGUUUCGGACUUUGCAUCAUUGCAAAUUUCCAGAAAAGCUCUGUGUUUUCCAUGCAUGUAAUUGGUGCCUGUAUGACAUUUGGAGUAGGAGCCAUAUACAUCCUGACUCAGACCAUUCUUUCCUAUAAGAUGCAACCAGAAAUUCAUGGAAAGGGCAUUUUUUGGAUCAGACUGACAGUUCUGCUGUGGUGUGCCUUAAGCACAGGGAGUAUGUUUAUUUCUUCAAUGAUUUUAUACAGUGGCCUUUAUGGAACAGGUUUAAUACAGAAGCUGCACUGGGAUCCUCAGGAGAAGGGUUAUGCCUUUCACAUAGCAAGUACAGUCUCUGAGUGGUCUUUGGCUUUUUCUUUCAUCAGCUUUUUCUUCACAUACAUCCGCGACUUUCAGAAAAUCUCUUUGCGAACAGAAGCACUGCUGCAAGGAAAUAACUUAUACUAUACACACCAGCAGCUUCUAACAGAUGACCAAGGAAUGUCGAUCACAGGAAGAACAUAAGAAGAAAACAGAACAAGAGUAUGAGUUGGAUCCAAAGAUAUCAUUUGAUUGGGUAAAGACUUGUUCCAUGAAAGGAUGAAAAUAUUUUGAACAAACACUGUAUUCUAUUCCUUUUAACUCAGGUAUUCUGAUAGCUAUUAUGCAACUAACAGGAGACUGCAUGAUAGUCUUCAGCCAGGUUUAUAGAUAUAUAAGUAUGUUGCAAGCUUAGCACUUCAGAAUAGGCUGUUUUUAAAAAGUCUGCUUUUUGGACAAGUUAUUUUUGGACUACAACUCCCAGAAUCCAACCACCAGCAUGGCUACUUAUCAUGCUUUCCCAACUGUUGCUUUUUAUAUGAAAGUACUCUUACUAAUGAAGGAAUGUAACUGAAAUGUGUGAUUUGUAUGAUUGAAGUUUUUAAUUAACUGACAAAACGAUGUAGUUCUGAAAAUGAAGUAACACUGGCAAUAGCAUCCUGCAACAUUUCUUUAUAGAUUUUUAUUUACUGCAUAAUAAAUGUGCAAAUUACA